ACGGAGGGAGUAGAUUAUAACAUUCUUGUUUUCACGAGUGAUUCAAUUCAAGCCAGUUACACAUCACUUGGUUAGAUCUGAAACGUAAACAAAGUUUCUCAUUGUUUCUAACCAUCCAAACAAGAUCUUUCCCAUCGUCGCUGAUUCUCAGAGAUCUCAACUUUUUAUUUUACUCAUCAAUGAGUUACCGAAGAGACAAUAGGUCGUCCAGAUCAUCACUUUUAGAUGGUCUUGAUAGUCUAGAGGAGGGUGGUUUAAGGGCUUCUUCUUCUUACUCCCCUGAAAUAAAUGAGCGCGAUAAUGAUAAAGCCAUAGAUACUCUCCACGACAGAGUUUCUUUUCUAAAGCAAUUAACAGGUGAUAUACAUGAGGAGGUCGAGAGUCAUAACAGCAUGCUUGAUCGGGUGGGUAACAAAAUGGAUGGAUCAAGGGGUAUGAUGUUGGGAACCAUGGAUAGAUUCAAGAAGUGUAUGGAAACUGAAUUUUGUAGGUUUUUGAGAAGAAAUCAACGAGGAAAACAUGCUCACUUGUGGGAUAUUUCGCACUUGGCUUCAUAUUCAUAUACUAUCUUAUUAGGAUGCUUGGAUAUUUUACACUAGGAUGAAGCCUGUUAUAUUAAGCUAGCUAGAUUGCAGAAAGGAUGUUUCAAGUAAAAUUUUGUUCCUAUGCUGUAAAAUGUUCGAACCAUUGGGAUGUGGUUUGAAACCCGGUUGGGAAAAAUUGUGAUAUUUGAAACUUACUGCAUAGGUGAAGCUUAACAAACGUAUAUUGUUUACUUUCCCUCCUGUCCUGGUCCCGUAUAAUUUUUUUUUCACAAGGGACACUACAGCUUUGAA